AGUCCCAGGGUCAGGGUCCACAGGAACACGGGACACUGCUGGCACAGGAUGCGCUGUGCUGCGGUGCUGCGUGCUGCGCGGGCAGCCUCCACUGCUCCUCUCCUCUGGGCUCGGCUCCUGGGGAUAGCAAGGCGCAACAUGGCCACCAGCCUGCUCCGUGUGCCCCCGCCCCAGAGCCUUCUCCGGCCACUGGCUGUACCAGAGAGACUGCUUCUUGGACCAGGGCCCAGCAAUGUGCCCCCCCGCAUCCUGGCUGCAGGUGGCCGGCAGCUCCUGGGCCACAUGCACCCCGAGGUGCUGCAGGUGAUGGAUGAGAUCAAGGCAGGCAUCCAGUACGCCUUCCAGACACAGAACCGUCUGACCCUGGCCGUCAGCGGCACCGGCCACUGCGCCAUGGAGGCUGCCUUCCUCAACCUCCUGGAGCACGGUGACACUGUGUUGGUGGCUGUCAACGGCAUAUGGGGACAACGUGCUGCUGACAUUGCCAGGAGGCUGGGAGCCAAUGUCCAUGAGCUGCUGAAGCCCCCGGGCGAGUAUUUUGCUCUAUGGGACAUCGAGGAGGGCCUGGUGCGGCACAAGCCCUCGGUGCUCUUCAUCACCCACGGCGAGUCCUCCACGGGGGUGCUGCAGCCACUGGAGGGGCUGGGCAAGCUGUGCCACCGGCAUGGCUGCCUGCUGCUCGUGGAUGCAGUGGCAUCUCUCGGGGGAGCCCCCAUCUUCAUGGACCAGCAGGAGAUCGACGUCCUAUACUCAGGCUCUCAGAAAGUCCUCAACGCUCCCCCCGGCAGUGCCCCCAUCUCGUUCAGCAACCAGGCCAGGGAGAAGAUGCUGAGGAGGAAGACGAAGCCCCCAUCCUUCUACCUGGACAUGGGCUGGCUGGCAAACUACUGGGGCUGUGACGGGGAGCCACGAAGGUAUCAUCACACAGCACCGAUCAACAGCUUCUUCAGCCUGCGGGAAGGUUUGGCCAUGCUGGCAGAGCUGGGUCUGGAGAGCUCGUGGGAGCGCCACCGGGCCAACUGUGCCCAGCUGUGCAAGGGGCUGAGUGACCUGGGGCUUGAGCUCUUUGUGAAGGAGGAGAAGGCAAGACUUCCCACAAUCACCACCAUCAGGGUGCCUGAGGGCUAUGACUGGAAGGACAUUGUAGCCUUUCUCAUGGACAACCAUGCCAUCGAAAUCACUGGGGGCCUGGGCCCCUCAGUGGGCAAGGUCCUGCGCAUUGGCCUCAUGGGCUGCAACUCCACCAGUGGCAAUGUGGAUCGUGUGCUGCGCGCCCUGAGAGAUGCCCUCGGGUGCUGCCGCCGCAGCAGGCUGUGAGCACCCCUGCAAAAGGGGCAUCUGGACGAGGCAGCACGGUUCUCCCUCUCGUGCCCAGCUGCAGGCAGCUGGCAGGCAGAGGGGCUCCGCUGCUUCUCCAGGGUGCUGGCAGGAAAUGCUGCAACCACCCAGGAACCCAAGCCAGAGCAGGAAGGAGAAGCUGGAAGAGCAGGGGUUGUGGAGGUGAGGGCUACAUCUCAGUGAACUUGGGAUAUGACUCAAAACCCCUCCUCCCGGUCCCAUCGCAGGGUCACCCCUCACCCUGGUGGCCUGGCCCAUCAGCUGCUCCCUUUCCCCUGGCCCCAGGGGACGGCAGCCCUACUGCAAGCUGACCCAAGGGCUAGAUGCAGGAUCCUACCACACCUCCCUUCCCCUCCUAACACCAUCACCCACAGCUGUCCCUGCACCAGAGCCCCACAGCGCGGGAAUCAUCCAUCCCCCCCAGAUUAGGUACCCUGGGAUGAAACACCGAUGCCGGCACCCAGCUCUACCAGGGAGCUGAGAGGCUGUGCAUCCCCACCCAGCUGCAGUAGACACGGGCUCGCUCCCUGGUACCAUCUUUCCUCAAUAAAGCAACAUGGCAGCG